UACUGCUGGGUCUCCUGCAGGGGAGGGCAACCUGAGACUUGCGCACUCGCCUAGUCCAGGCAGCGCAGGAACUCGGAGGCUUCCGUAGAGGGAGGGAGAAAGAUGGCGGCGGCAAGACUGGAACGUUUGGGUGCAUUAUGGAUGCAGAAUCUGAGGGGGAAGCUGGCCUUAGGGGGGGGAGAGGGACAGGGCUCUCAGCAUGGAGCCAGACUUGGCGUUUGAUCCCAUGACUCUGGGAACACAACCUGAGCUGAAAUCAAGAGUCGGAUGCUCAACUGACUAAGCUACCGGUGCCACAUAACUGUUUACUUUUAGCUUUCAGUAAACUGACUCGUUGUGAAAUUUUAUGUAAAGUUGUUCUCUGUUAAUGAAUACAUCUAGACUGUUUCCACUUGUGAUACUAAAUAGUUUUGAUCAAAAUGGAGCUAAUGUGGUUCAGCAGAUACCUAAGCUCUGGAAAAGAUUCUAAGUGUGUCUUGUUUUACAGACUUCUUUCACCUCACGUUUUACCCCAGUCACAUAUCCACACAACUGCAUCUCUGGACGUAUCUCGAAAAUGGGAAAAGAAGAAUAAAAUUGUUUAUCCUCCACAAUUGCCUGGUGAACCUCGGCGACCAGCAGAAAUCUACCAUUGUCGAAGGCAAAUAAAAUACAGCAAAGACAAGAUGUGGUAUUUGGCAAAAUUGAUACGAGGAAUGUCCAUUGACCAGGCUUUGGCUCAAUUGGAAUUCAGUGACAAAAAAGGGGCCCAGAUAAUUAAAGAGAUUCUCUUAGAAGCACAAGAUAUGGCAGUGAGAGACCACAAUGUGGAAUUCAGAUCCAAUUUAUAUAUAGCUGAGUCAACCUCAGGGCGAGGCCAGUACCUGAAACGCAUCCGAUACCAUGGCAGAGGUCGCUUUGGGAUCAUGGAGAAGGUUUAUUGCCAUUAUUUUGUGAAGUUGGUGGAAGGCCCUCCACCUCCACGUGAGGCACCGAAGACGGCAGUCACCCAUGCCAAGGAGUAUAUUCAGGAGCUUCGUAACCGGACCAUUAUUCACACUCUGUGAUGGGGGGUUCAGAUUCCACAGUGUAUAUAUUUUGACAUUUAUUUCCUAAAACGAGACAAAUUAAAGACAAAUGCUUUUUAUGA